CCAGAAUCAGCUGGCCUGCAUGAAUAAAGCUUACGCCUUCAGCACAUCCGUCUCUGGCGAGGUGGACACCUGGUUCACUGCUUGGGUGAUGAAAGUGUUCCACAAAGCCAGCAAAUUGAUCUACAUCGACCCGAGGAUCAUAGUUGGAGCCAGGAAGUGGCUGGAAUGUCACCUUCAGAAAGAUGGCUGUUUUAAAGUGUUCGGAAAAAACUUUGCCAAAAGAUUCCCGGAUGCUGGGUCCAAAGAAGUGAUCGUCUGUGCUCAUGUUACUAUUGCCUUACUUGAAAUGAACAUACCUGUACAUAAUCCUUUGGUGCAGAAGAGUUUGACCAAUCUGAAGCAGAACAUUGAUGAACACAGCAGCGUCUACGCCAAAGCUCUGCUGGUUUACUGCCUGACGUUGGCCAAAGACUGGGGAGCCAGCAGUAAGCUUAUGCACCACCUCGACUCAAUCGCCAUCAAGGAGGGGGAAUUCCUUUACUGGAGUCCGACGCCAAACGACAAAGUGUCUUCUCUGUCUGUGGAGAUCACUUCUUACAUACUUCUGGCCAAACUGUCUUCCUCCCACUCUGGGGAAGAGCUUUCCUGCUCCUUCAGUAUCGUCAAGUGGCUGUUUCAUGUGCAGUUUCACCACUGUGGCUCCCACUACUUUAAGGCCUUCAGCCUGGCUUUUAAGGCUAUUACGUUGUAUAGCUCUUUUGGGUCAAAGCAUUAUGGUUCCACCUCAGUAACGGUAACUUCCAGUGCAGACCAUCUGUCCUUCCAUGUGAAUGAGGAAAACAAACUGAUCUACCAGAAGAUGGAGCUGCAAAACCCAAGAGGACACUACCAGCUGAAGGCCGAGGGCUCCUCAUGCACUGCAGUGCAGAUUACCUCUGUUUACGGCGUCGCUCCUUCGACGACGGUCUGCAGUUUCAGCGUGGAGGUGGAAGUGGUGGUGCAAAAAUGCUGUGAAGAACGCUUAAUCACACUGAAGCUUAAGUCCUCGUACAAGGGAAGCCGGAGCUCUACCGGCGUGGUGGUUGUGAAGCUUGAAGUUCCCUCCGGAUUCAGUCCAGACCCAAACUCGCUGAAGAAGCUGAAGAAGGCAGACCAUGUGAACGACGUAGACUACAAGAGCGGCCAUGUUAUUGUAUACCUACAGGAGCUAAGCAACGAUCAUCCUUUGCACCACCAGUUGGACCUGAUUCAGGAGCACGAGGUGCAUGAUUUAAGGCAUUCAACGGUCAUCAUCUACGAAUUAGAUUGUCCAAGUGUCAGAGGGGGAACCAAAUACUGUGGAAAGACCUGCACCGAGUACAUAGACUCACACACACACGAAUACCAUCAUCACCUCCCUGACCAAGAGAGCCACCACGACCACGACCACUACCACGAUAACAAGAUUUACAAAGAUUCUGCUUUACACUGUGGAAGAUGGUCAAUUAGGCCCGCAUGUAGACGUCAACGCUUAAAGGUGAAACGACCACGCUUCAAAUUUGGUCAAAGACAUAGCCUUUAUGAAUGAGCCGCCCAACUGGGAUGACAUCCCUUCAUACAGUGCAGCAGGUUGUAACCAGGCUCAAGGUCAUCCGUGAAUCAGACAUAAUCGAAAACCUGCAUACUUUACCAGCACUGCACUGAAAUCUAAUCCAAGAUCGAAACAUUUCUUGGUGUGUUAGGAAAUCUAGCCGUUUUGGAGAAUAAAUGCAAAAUAAAGAGAUCUGA